AUGAUUCAUUGCAAGGUCUCAACGACGCGAUUGAGCAAGGAAAAAGAAGCCGAAAUGCGCAGUUGCUGUAUGGCAGAUAGAUGCAUGCGGAUCGCAUGUCCUAGCAAAUCUUAUAGAGAACUUGACACUGGAUUAAAGCGAGUUUCAACUACUACUUACACCUAUUUUGGCAUCAGACUGUUGCGCUUUCACGAGCAGAUAGGUAUGCAUCUGUGGGUAAAGUUGAGGACAAUCGAGAUGGACGGAAAUGCGUACAAUGUUGGGUUACUUCCUUGGACCUCCUCAGAUGAUACUCAACAAUAUGUUGAUUUAGGUGAGGGUCAAAAUUUGCAUGCUAUGAAAAGAUUCAACGUCCAAUAA